AUGACCAAUGUCACUGCAGUAACUGGAUUCAUACUUAUGGGUUUCUCUGAUAUCCACGAGCUACAGACACUAUGUGGAGUGUUAUUUCUAGUAAUAUACCUGGAAAUUUUAAUGAGUAACUUCCUCAUCAUCAUUCUCAUCACUGUGGAUCUGAAGUUCCAAAGACCCAUGUACUUCUUCUUGAAGAAUUUAUCCCUUUUGGAUGUCUUUCUUGUGUCUGUUACAAUUCCAAAUUUCUUUGUCAAUAGCCUUACUCACAAAAAUUCCAUUUCCAUACCUGGAUGUGCAUUUCAGGUAUUUUUCAUGGCUUUCCUUGGACCAGGAGAAGUAUUUGUUCUUACUACAAUGUCAUAUGAUCGCUAUGUUGCCAUUUGCAGUCCCCUACAUUAUGAGGUCAUUAUGAAUAGUGAUAUCUGUGUCGUGAUGAUGAGUGUUUCCUGGGGCACUGGAUUAUUCUUUGGAGUCAUGUACACAGCUGGCACAUUUUCCAUGCUUUUCUGUGGCUCUAAUGUGAUCCCACAGAUUUUCUGUGAUGUUCCAUCACUUUUAAGGAUUUCCUGCUCUGGAUCACUCAUGACCAUUUAUAUAAGUCAUGGAAUUGGUGUUUGUCUAGGCAUGUCUUGUUUUAUCUGUGUUGUGAUUUCCUACGUUUACAUUUUCUCCACUGUGCUGAAGAUUCCUACCACUAAAGGUCAGUCCAAAGCAUUUGGCACCUGCAUCCCCCACCUCACUGUUUUCAGUGUUUUCAUUGCUACUGCUUGCUUUGUCUAUCUGAAGCCACCCUCAAAUACAGCAUCACUUACAGAUAGACUGUUUUCUGUGUUGUAUACUGUGCUACCACCAGCACUCAAUCCUAUAAUCUACAGCUUAAGAAACAAUGAUGUUGAUAGUGCUCUGAAGAAACUGCUUCAUAAUCUCUACUCAAGAGACUUCCUUCAUGUAAUACAUCAAAGUGUUUGA